UCAAACAAAAUAUUAAAUGUCAUUCAAUAGACAACGCAAGGAAUAAUUUCUGCAAAUCACUUUUCCGAAUUAAUAUUUUAAUAAUUUAGCUGGCAAAAUCUUAAAUUUAACUAAAAAUGCAUAAAAUACAAUCGUUUCCUGAGUACCAAGUACCCGGUGCACAGCAUCAAGAUUUCUCACCUUACGAAUCAAAUGGAGGAUCUAUUGUGGCUAUUGCCGGUGAAGAUUAUGUCGUGAUCGCUGCAGAUACACGUUUGAGCAGUGGCUAUACUAUUCACACGCGCAAACAAAGUAAACUCUUCCAAUUGUCGGAGAAAACUGUGCUGGGUUCAACCGGCUGUUGGUGCGAUACAUUAGCGCUUACAAGUUUGAUCAAUGCGCGCAUGCAAAUGUAUGAACAUCUACAUUUGAAGACGAUGUCAACCGAAGCAGUAGCACAAAUGUUGUCGAUUCUCAUGUACAAUCGUCGCUUUUUCCCCUACUACGUUUCAAAUGUGUUGGCCGGCCUUGACUCCGAAGGAAAAGGUGUUGUCUAUUCAUACGAUCCAAUUGGCCACUGCGAACGUACCACAUAUCGUGCUGGUGGUUCAGCCGGUACACUACUCCAGCCAGUAUUGGACAAUCAAAUUGGUGGCAAAGAUAAAGACGUGAAAAACAAACCCAAAGUAUCAUUGGAGAAGGCAAAGGAAGUAGCUAAAGAUGCAUUCAUUUCAGCAGCGGAACGUGAUAUAUACACUGGUGAUUCAGUUAUACUGAAAGUCAUCACGAAGGAUGGCAUCACUGAGGAAGAGGUGCAAUUGCGCAAAGAUUAAAUUGUAAACAAUAUAAUUCUUAUUUUUCUUAAAACAUAAAAAUAAAUUUCGAAUUUGAAAAUAUA